AAGGUAAUGAUAACAUCAAAUGUAAGGAUAACAUAAAAGGUAAUGAUAACAUAAAAGGUAAUGAUAACAUAAAAGGUAAUGAUAACAUAAAAGGUAAUGAUAACAUAAAAGGUAAUGAUAACAACAGUAUUAUUUAUUACAGUAAUAUCCAUAAUAAUAAUAUAUCUACAAAUGUUAUGAAUAAAAAUGGUAGGGUUAAUACAAAUUAUAUAUCGCAAUCACCUGAACAAUAUAAUAGACCUUAUAAUAUGAACAUAAUUUAUAAUAAUCAUAAUUUUGAUAAUACAAAGGAUAUUAAUAGUAAUGUAAACAUAUCGACACUUUUCAAAGAUUUACAAAAUAAAAAUAAUAACAAUAAUAUUAAUAAUUGUAAUAAUUAUAUUAAUAAUGAAUGUUUCAAAAUAAAUAAAAAAUAUGAUAAUAAUCAUAAUCAUUAUUCAA